AUGGAUGCAGAAGAGUUGAUCGAGUCCAUCAUCAGAGCUUUCAUGUUUCUCGCAGGGAUCCUGGGAAACAACUGGCUGGCUAUACGCUCGCUGCCCAGGCAGAAAUCCAGCAUCCGCACCAACGAGGUCCUUUUCAUCAACCUGGCCGUGUCCAACCUCAUCACCAACUACCUGGUGGACCUGCCCGACACCAUCGCAGAUUUUGCCGGCCGGUGGUUCCUCGGGGAAACCUUCUGCAGCGUGUUCCGUUUUAGUGCCGACCUCUCCGAGACCAGCAGCAUCUACACGACCUUCUUCAUCAGCACUUUCUGGUACCAGAAGCUGGUCGGCUCCCUGAAACGUGGAGGAGCGCCGGUGCAGCUGGACAGCCUGUGUCUGGUGGGAAGUCUGCUGGCCGGGAGCUGGACGGUGGCCGUGGUCUUCGCCAUCCCACAUUUUUUCUUUGUCACAGUUGAGGGAACAAACGGGAGUCACGAAGACUGUAUAGACGUCUUCCCUAACGCACUUGCCCAGCAAACCUACGAGAUCUUUUAUUUGACCCUGGCUAAUGCUCUCCCCUUGGCCGGGAUCGUAUUUGCCAGCAUCCAAAUUGUCAUCACUCUGCUUCAAAACCGGCGACGCAUACAGGGUCAUAACUCUGAGGCCACCAAAGAUGAAAAAAGGAGUAGCGAAACCAGAACUGAGGAGAGAUGUGCCAUCGCUGACUCUGGACCAGGAACCUCAAAGAAUCUCAAAGAUUCUGCAUCAGUAAACAUUUACACAGGCGUCCCUGCCUCUUCCUGUACAAAUGGAGCACCGUCUGGUCACAGCGCUCCCGUCAACAGGGAGACAAUCCCUGAGAGUAAAGCUGGAGCUCCACCAAAUCUUCCCAGGCCUAAACAGCCGGCUAAGCCCGCAACGAGCUCAGGCACUCAGGUGAGGGCAGCCAAGAGCGUGGUGGCGGUUGCCAGCGUGUUCCUGGUGUGCUGGCUGACUCAUCUGCUCCUGCGCAUCACCAACAAUAUCCACACCUCAUCAAUAGUGGUGGAGGUGGCCAGCUACAUCGCAGCCUCCUACACCUGCAUCAUCCCCUAUAUAUUCCUGCACGGUGUGAAAAAGCUUUCAUGCUCAUGUAAAAGGUAA